AUGCAUUACCUCAAAAUUCACAACAGGUCUAACCACCCCCAAACCUUCCAAUGCCACGGCUACAAUGGCGACAAGGACUUAACCAUCAAGGCGGGCGGCCAGGCUAGCAUCGAAGCCCCUGAUGGUUCCCACGGCGCGGUCCUUGCCGUCCACGAUGGCGCUAUCGGCGAACAAUGUGAGGUCAUGAAGCAUGGUUACAUGGGAAACGACACCAUCGAUAUUAGCAACAUCAUGGGCGCCGGUGGAAACAUGACCUGCCAACAGGUCGGUGACCCUGCCGGAAAGUUCAAGGGCCUUGAGAACUUCAUGCAAGCAUGCAACACGGCCUGGCACAAGCUUCCUCAGGCAAAGAAGGAUCAAAUUAAGAGUCAUGUGUUUCUCGAUGGCAAGGGCAAUGUUAAGCGUAUCGGCCCUCCUAAGGAGCUCCAGGCACUCGAGGAGUUCGUGAGAACUUUCGCUAACGGCCGAACCUACAUCGGCGUCGGUGCUUGGGGUCCGAGCACCGGUAACCCUGCGGACAAUGAGCAGAGCAAGGCCGGCAACGGCACAAAGGAUAUUCUGAUCAUCUACAACGAUGGCAACGCUGCCCCGAACCCCUCCAAGCCAUUCACCGGGCAGUCCGUUCAAGCCGCCGCCUUCUCCGCCACCUCCGUUAAGGAAGCCGCGGUAGAGCAUCCCUCCCCCGCCCCCGAGAUCAAGGCCGCUGCAACCGAAGCAAACGGCCCAGGUAUCCUCCUAACCAACAAAUCAGCCAAGAAACACACGUACUACUUCUACGACAACUACUGGAACGGCAACGGCACCGCCGGUGCCAACUUCGACCACCCGCUCAAGCACGUCGACGUGAACCCCAACCAGACCAUCCACGUGCCUCUAACCCUAGCCUUCAAAGGCCGUGUGCAGCGGGGCGACCAGCAACCAGCUACAUGGGGCGAAUUCCAAGUCAAAGCCAGCGACGACGGACGCGCGCACGGCGACAUCUCGCUUCAACAGGGCUGCGACGGUGCCGCUACCGUUGCUUCGACUGACGGUACCAACGUGUCGAACGGGUUCACGAAGGAUAUUCUUAAAGACGCGCCUGCGGCUGCAGUUGAGAAGAAACCUAGCGGCGAGAAGGCUCUUGCUAGUACUGAGGGAAACUGGAAGGGUCCUGGAAACCAGGCCGCUGUUGAUUGGGAGUUCAAGCAGCUCGGUCACGACAAGGCGUAUAUCAAGGGAGGUACUGGAGUCCCGGAUGUGGCUAGCAAGAACAACCGCCUUCACUUUACCUUUUAUGUGUAGACUGUGAGAUUGACGGGGUUUGGCUUCAUUUUACUUUUGGAGUUGGUUACUAUGGUCGGUGUCGGUCAGUGAUUUGGUCGAAUUUGCAUGUUUCCUGGGGACUAGGUGGGGGGGUCGGAUUGGUUAGAACAUAGUUAGUUCCAGGACACUUUACUCUCAUUAAAUAAACACUUAUACACAUUGCGCAAUUAAAUCGGAUUGGGUGCCGCUUAUUGAAAAGAUUUAAACUUGUAUCGAAAAGUUGAUUGAGCGAGCAAACAAGAAGCCCCUCCAUUGUAACACCUAAAGGGUGUCACGUGGAAUAGAGGGGUCCUUGAUGACGCAAUGUUUAAAUCCCUUCGGCUUUUCGCGGUUAUUUACGGACCUCUGAUUUAUACAUAAACUCC